CAUGGCAACAGAGUUUGUUUACUGCCCACACACAUGGUUGAGUGAGAGUCUGUAGAGAAGUGAAAAAAUGGAGGAAAACAAGGCAAAGGCGCAGGGUCCGGGUGAUGGCAAUGGAAAGACUGAAAACAGUUUCGAAUCCUUGGAAAAGGACUUUCAAGAGGUGCUUGCCGAGCUAAUGGGGGACAAGAGUUUGGAGCGUUUCCGUAUUGAGUAUGAGAAGCUCCACCGUGCACUCAAGAAAUCCCACGAGAGUGAGAAGAGACUUAUGCACAAGUGCAGAGAGCUCAACUCUGAGAUAGUGGCCAACUCUGCUAAAGUGUCUACUGCUCUCAAGCUAUCACAAGAGGACAAAUCAACCAUCUCCUCUCUCAAACAAGAAAUCGAGAAGCUAUGGAAGAUGGUUGAUGCUGCUCAUGAUAAAGAGGCGCGUGCUAGGGACACUAUCAACCAACUCAAGCUGGAGAUUGCUAAUCUUACCAAGCUGGUGGAGCAAGGAGCAGGGCUUGGUAUUGGACAGGACUCCAGUGUGGAGGAGCUCGUGAAACAGAAGGAGGAGCUCAUCAGUAAGAGAGACUCGUAUCUUGAGGAGAUUGUGCAACUUCGUCAAACCAUCCAAACUGCCAAUGAGAGUCAGAAGAGCUCAGAGCACGAGAGAGAGGUGGCUGAGAUGAAAGUGAAUGAGCUACGUGAAGAGAUUACUGCCAAGAAUCAGGAGAUGGAUCGUGAGAACAGGCGAAAAGUCAAACUGGAGAAAGACCUCAAGUCCACAAUAGCAGAACUAGAGGUACGCACUAUGGAGGCCAAGUCUAAACAGAACCAAGUCUUGAUGGCUGAUGAGGAGUACAAGCGAUGUGAGCAACAACUCAGGGAGACAAGGACUCAGUUUGAGCGUACAGUCAAAGACAAUGACAUCCUGAACCAGCGUUUGACCAAAGCCCAGCAAGACUAUGAGAAUCAGCUCAUGCAGAGCGACCAACUGGCAGGAGAGAACAGUCAGAAACAUGCUGAGCUUAAAAUCAAAGAGGAGGAGGUCACGGGACUUAAAGGAGAGAUAACUCGAUUGUCUCGGCUGAGAGAGAAGGUGGCCAGAAACCUGCGCUCUAUGGAGGAGCAGAAGAUGGAGGUGGAGGGGCAUCGGGAGAAGCUCAAACAGGAGAUUGCUUCCAUGGAGAGAGAAAUGGAGGCUCAACAAAAGAAAGCUGAACUGGACAAAAAGGCAUUUGAUGAUCUGGUCAGAGAGAGGGACAUUCUUACCAAGGGCAUGCGAAAGGCUGAGGGUACAUCUGAAAAGAUGGAUCACCUUGUCAAGACUCGGAACCAGGCAAUACAGAGACUGCAACAGGAGAUUGCUAACUAUCGUGAGGAAGCUAAGAAACAGCGGCAGUUGAUCCAGAGCUUGGAAAGAGAGAGGGACCGUUAUGGCAAGGACGCGGCAGACGCUCAUCAGGGAACCAUCUCUCAGAUGGAGGAAGUAAAGAGAAAGGAGAUGCAGCUGUACCAGCUCAAGAAGCAGAUUGUUGAGAUUGAGAGCAAGCUGAAACAGCAACACACCUUGUACGAGGCAGUCUGUUCAGAUCGUAACCUCUGUAGCAAGAAUCUUAUUGAAGCUCGCGAUGAAAUCACUGAAAUGAAAAGGAAGCUCAAGAUCAUGUCCCACCAGAUUGACCAACUCAAGGAGGAGAUUGCUUCAAAGGAGGGUGCACUGGUGAAGAGCAACAUGGACCUGGUACACAUAGAGAGAGACAAGGAGAGCUUGAGUAGUGAACUGUCUGCCAGGAAGCAGGAGUUAGAGACCACCAAGCAACUCAUGGAGAACCAGAGGGCAGAGGAGAGGAAACUGCGCAAAAUCAUCUCAGAGGCAUCAGCCGAACGGACAAGGCAGAAAAAAGAGCUUGAACAGGUGAUCAAUGAGAGGGACAUUCUGGGCACUCAGUUGAUUCGCCGCAAUGAUGAGUUAGCCCUCCUCUAUGAGAAGAUCAAGAUCCAGCAGUCGACUCUGAACAAAGGGGAGAUGCAAUACUCACAGAGACUAGAGGAUAUUCGUAUCCUCAAACUAGAGAUCAAGAAGAUGAGACGGGAGAGAGGAAUUCUGUCCAAGAAUGUGGCCAACAUCGAUGACCUCAGACGUGAGCUGUACCACAUCCAGCGGGAGUUGCUCAAGGAGCGUACUCGUUGCAAGGCUCUCGAGGAAGAGCUGGAGAAUCCUAUGAACAUCCAUCGCUGGAGGAAGCUCGAGGGAAGCGACCCAUCUACGUAUGAGAUGAUCCAAAAGAUACACACUCUGCAGAGGAGACUCAUUCAGAAAACUGAAGAGGUUGUUGAGAAGGAACUGUUGAUUCAAGAAAAGGAGAAGUUGUACAUGGAGUUGAAGCAGAUCCUCCAGAGACAGCCAGGGCCUGAGGUGGCAGAGCAGCUACAGAUCUACCAGCAGACUCUCAAGGAGAAGACCAAGCAAAUGAAGUGUAUGGCCUCUGAGUUGAACAUGUAUGACUCACAAGUGUCAGAGCACAAGAUGGACAUUGACAGACUGCAGAGAGAGCUACAGGAGGUCAAGAAAAAUUACUACCUUCAGAAAAAGAAAGAACACCAGAAAAGGGAGCGAGAUAGGGUUCUGGGUCAAGGGCUGGGCCCGCCCAUCAUACCACUGUCCAAGGCAGACAUGCCACGCUUUGCUGGAGGAGGGUUCAACCUCAAACAAUCUCAAAAAGCUUAGAUAUCUCAUGAAUAAUUAUUAUAGAGUGUAUUACAUUGAACUCUGUUGAUUGAAACAUUGUACGUUGUACAUGUGAUGUAAACUGCAGUCAUGUGUAUCACAAAAAAAUUAACUAAUACAA